UUUUCAGAAAUUUGUCAGGGAAAUGGAGCAACGCGGAAGAGCUUCUCAAGAUGAAGAGCAAGCAAUAGUUGGUGCGGAAACCGGUAGUCAGCCAUCUCUUCCAGUUUCACCAAUGCGUCCUAUUAUAGCACCAUCCCCAGCUAUGGUCUUACCAACCCCUGGACAUGGAAUGGGAAUUCCACAAUUUGGGCCGGUGGGUCUGCCAGCUCAAGCUUCGACGCCUAUGCUUUCUUCAACGCCAGGACCAAGUUAUAGCUCUGCACCAACUCCAAUGCCGAACCCAAGUGCAGCUAACCUUUGGCCUACCUACAAACUUGUUGCUGAAAUUCCAAAUGCGCACAAAAAGUCGAUCUCAGGGAUCAAAUUUUCUCCAGACGGACGGUACAUGGGAAGUGGAUCUGCGGAUUGUAGUAUCAAAAUUUGGAGGAUGGAUUUUGUGUAUGAAAAAACGCUUAUGGGUCAUCGGCUUGGAAUCAAUGAGUUCUCAUGGAGCAGCGACUCGAAACUCAUUGUCUCGUGCUCCGAUGACAAACUAGUCAAAGUGUUUGAUGUCAGCAGUGGUCGAUGUGUCAAGACUUUGAAAGGGCACACAAACUACGUGUUCUGCUGUUGUUUCAACCCUUCUGGAACACUUAUUGCCUCUGGAUCAUUCGAUGAAACUAUUCGCAUCUGGUGUGCACGCAAUGGAAACACGAUUUUUUCAAUUCCAGGCCACGAGGAUCCGGUUAGUUCCGUGUGUUUUAACCGCGACGGAGCAUAUCUAGCCUCGGGAUCCUACGAUGGAAUAGUUCGAAUUUGGGACUCGACUACCGGCACUUGUGUGAAAACGUUGAUCGACGAAGAGCAUCCUCCAAUCACACAUGUCAAAUUUUCACCAAACGGAAAAUAUAUACUUGCCUCAAACCUCAACAAUACACUCAAACUGUGGGACUACCAAAAGCUGAGAGUGCUCAAAGAGUACACCGGGCACGAAAAUUCCAAAUACUGCGUGGCCGCGAAUUUUUCGGUUACUGGAGGUAAAUGGAUUGUCAGCGGCUCGGAAGAUCACAAAGUGUAUAUCUGGAACCUUCAGACAAGAGAAAUCCUUCAGACAUUAGAUGGCCAUAACACUGCUGUCAUGUGCACCGAUUGUCACCCAGGACAAAACAUAAUUGCUUCUGCCGCCCUCGAGCCAGAUAUGCGGAUCAAAAUCUGGCGAUCCCAGUCAUAAUCACAUAAGGUCUCAAGGCCCCGCCACGACUAUAUUCAAAACAGUGAUGCAUCUUUUACCCUACCAUAAUCUUGAUCUCCGUUGAUGUUUCGUACAGUACUUUGCUCUUUUGGUGAAUUUUUUAAGAAAUAUGCAUAUGUAAAAAACGUCUAACUAUGAAAACGUUGCUCGAAAUUCUGUCUACAUUUUUGUUGUCAUCGGUUUUUGUCAAUUCAACAUUAAAAGUAAGACUUUGCGGACAUAUUUUGGCGUACUUGUGUAUUACAUGCCCUCAUUUUAAUGGUAAUUUUUUAAGUUAUGGAAAAUAAAAACGUGAACCACAUUUUUGUAUUUCUAGGCUUAGGAUAUAACAUUUUCUAAGCCUAAAGAGGAAAAAUGCAUAUCACGUUUUAUUUAAUUGGAAGAAUUAGGGAAAAUUUAAUUUAAUUUGAAAAUGAGGGCAAGUAAUACAUAAGUACCUAUUUUGGUUGCUGCCCUUAACUAACAACAACUAAACAACUAGAAUUUUUAAAAACAACUCAAUAAAAAAGUUUUCUAAACAUAUGUUUGCCAAUUUGCAAUUGGUUUACCCUGCAUGUAAAAUUUGGAACACGUUACUUAAAUAUUUCAACUUUACAGCUAUUUUUUUUAAUCCAUUGUUUAUUUAAAAGUUUUAAUCAAAAGUCGUAUUCUGCAAAAUUGUUGCUGUUUUAACGUUUCAAUUUCAACAUUUAUAAGUUUCGAUUGACAACACAAAUGGAGACAUGUUUUUUGGCGGUUGUUGUUGCUCUUCAAAUGUAUCUGAUUCUCUGAUUUUCCACAUAUUGUGGUUUGCAAAAUAAGUAAUAAAA